UGCACCAGCGCCCCGCGCCGCCAGCCAUUGUCCCCCGCUCCCCGCCGCUGCAGGAGGCCAAGCCGACCCGCCCGCGGGGUCUCUCUCAGAUUUUAAUAUCAGAAAAUUGUGUGUCUCUGAUGAGAACUUUGCUUAGGACCCGUAUAUCGCUUUCUGCUGCGAUUCUCUGUGCUUGACUUGGAGGUCUUGAAAGAAGCUGCACGCUGCUGCAUGCAGUUACAGUAAGUGUUUGGGUCAUGAAACUUAAUCCACAGCAAGCUCCGUUAUAUGGUGACUGUGUUAUUACAGUACGACUGACUGAAGAAGCUGAACUUGAAGAUGAUGUAGUGUUUUACUUGGUGUUUACUGGCUCUGCUGUCCAACACUGCACAAGCACUAGAAAAAUUAAUCAUGGGACAUUGGAGACCAUUGCUCCUGGCCAUGACUGCUGUGAGACAGUGAAGGUGGCACUUUGCGCUGCCAAGGAAGGGCUUCCUGUUCUAGUGGUGGCAGAGGAAAGUUUUCAGUUCAUUCAGGAUGAGGCCUAUGAUGCAGCUCAGUUCCUAGCAACCUGUGCUGGAAACCAGCAAGCACUGAACUUCACAAGAUUCCUGGACCGGUCAAGGCCUCCCUCUGGGGAUGUGGAUUUUCUGGAUGAGAAAGUGGUUUUGGCAUUUCGGCAUCUGAAACUGCCAGCAGAAUGGAAUGUGUUGGGAACAGACCAGACGCUUAAUGAGAGUAGCCCCCGGGAGACAUUGUUGCAUUUUGCAGUGAGGCUGGGCCUUCUGAGGUUGACAUGGUUUCUGCUACAGCAGCCAGGAGGAAGAGGAGCUCUUUGCAUCCGCAACAACGAAGGGGCUACACCUGUGAGCUUAGCCUCAGAGCGGGGCUAUCAGAAGCUGCAUCAGCUUUUGACACAAGAGGAAGCUGGUGAACCAGAGUCUUGGAGCACUUUGUCUCAUAUAGUGCACUCGGGGGACUACUGUGUGAAAUACCACUGUGGGCUGAAUGUUUAUAUGCUAACGGCUGAAGCCAAGGAAGGAGCAAAGGCCAGCAUGGAGCAUGACAUCGAGCAACUCCAGAAAUUCAUAGCAAGCCACCAGCACACGAGUGCAGCCAAACAGCCAGAGCCUGAGCUGAGAACUUCAGAGGAUAACUGCAACAUAGGAACAGAGGUGGAGGGUUUUCUGGCUGCUGCAGCCCCCCUCUCGGAAGAAAUGCCAACAGAAGGAAGCAAAGAAUGCCCUCCUGCACUGGUUGACUUUGAUGUGAGGCAGCUCUCAGCCCCAAUGGGCCACAAGGAGAACCAGUGUGACAGUGGGAAUUUGGAAGUGCUUAACGACACAUCAAGUGAUUUGUUGAGCCUGGCGCGUGUAGAGAACCCAGGGUUUUCCGAUGAAAGUAAAAACACAGCUACGUUGAGUAAAAAGGAAGAGGAGGGGCCAGCCGCUAUUGUAGACUCUGGGACUGUAUCAGAUAAAAAUGACUGCACACUGAGCUCGGCUGCUGGAGUAAACGGUGCUGCAAGCCUAUCCUGUGGAAAUACAAAUGAGGAAACCGGAAUGACAUCCACUGGAGUUGUUUUGAGUCAAGCCAGCCUGUGUAGUAGAGAUAAUACCCAACAGGAAGUGCAAAUCGUUGAAGAGUGCACAACUGAAAGCUCUCUUCCUGUGCCUGAAGCUGCAUGCAAAGCCCAGACGCCCUGGGAGGGUGUGGAUGUGGCUAUGGGCCAGGCAGAAUGCAAGAACUGUACAGGGUCAGUGGAUGCUGCUUCAAUCCAGCAGCGUGUAGAGAAUGGAGAGGAUGAGACCUGGGGUUCAAAAACUUCAAGUCUGAAAGAGCAGCCCCCAGCAAGUGGGGAGUCAUUCCAUGCUACUGAGCCCUUUCUUGCAGCGUCACCAAAAUCUCCAAGAAAAGAUGGGGAAUGUGGAGAUGGACAAGAGAUGCAGGCACAGGAUAGUGCAAAUGCACGUGUCAACAAUGAUAUUAUCCCUGUUGGCCAUUGGGAGACAAGUAGCAGCGAAGAGAGUGGAACAGACCCAAACACCAAAAAUGCAAAGAUUGGUUUGGCAGCGGGCUUAGUCCAAGGUGAACCCCUUGUAACGCAGAGGCAGAGUAUGGUUGCCAACACUGGAGAGGAGCUGCUGGUUGUGACUAAAAUAAAGGUUUCAGAGAAUGCAUUGAAACAUGAGCCUGUUGUUUUGGAAGUGAAUAACAAUAGUAAGAGUGGUGAGCAGGGCGUGCACGCGGAAGAUGGAAACGCAGACCUUGGGCUGAAUGAACUGGUUUUGAGUAACAAAGUGGAGAAUAAUUCUGAAAUGAAAAACAGUCCCCUUGAGAGGCCUGGUCCGAGUGAUGCAGAGACUACGUGCUCCCUUGAAAGCAGUAAAACUAUUGCAAUUGUAAAUGAAGGCGAAGGUGACAGUGAAGCCCUUAAAACGAUGUCACUAGGAAUGGAAACUACUGGCAGAGAAAGCACAGAUUCAGCAGAGGAAGGCCAGGUGUCUGCUGGCAAUUGCCACCCUGAGAAUCAAAGUGUUUUAAAAGGUGAAAUGUGUGACAGCUUAAAACCAGACACUGCUUCAGCUAGCAAAAGUGAGCCUGGGUCACAACCUCCAUUUGACGCAGGUUUGUCCUCAGCAGGAAAAGAGCCUCUGCAAAACCAAUUGGUGGCAUCAGAAAGCAUUUCUGAACAGGAGGGGGCUGGCAAGCAAAUCAAAUCAUUCUCAUCUCCCUUAUUUAAAGAAGAUUUACAACAGGGACAGGCAAUUGGUCAGGAGAGAGAGGCUGCAGUGGCACCUCCAGGACAGGAGGCAUCUGUGCAUGGUAAUGAUCCUGUCUUCUCUUCAUGUGGCAUGGGCACAGAGUGUAUCCAGGAUAAUUUAAUGGACACACCCUCUGCAAUUCAUAAUAAAGGAUCUAAACAAAACCAGGAAGUAGCAGCAGUAGCAGAGACAGCAGUGCUUGCUGAACAGGACAGUUCUGUGCAUGGUAAGAUACCAGCAGAAACUAGUUUGCCUAAAGACGGGGGAAAAGAGGGCUCUGAUGAGCAAAGUCUGUCACAGCCGGCUGAAGAAAGUAAAGCUGAACCUAGUCAGGAGCUAUGUGAAAGUGGGACACUUGGCAAAGAGAAGGGUUUGUCCGAGGAGCCUGCUUCUGCUGCUGUUGUGAAAUCCUCUGUUUGCAGUCAGGGCGAGGAGUCUGCAGCGACUGACAGUAACGCAGAUAUUGGGCUGAAAGGGGAAAUCUCCUGUCAGGAAGCAGAUGACAAUGCAACAGUGGAUGCAGAAGAAAGUAUUGUACAAGGGCCUGAAUCAGAGUACAAAUCGCUGGAUGCGAAGAAUGACCCUCCUCCUGACACAAUGUUGAACCAAGAAUGUGAUCUCAGUCAGGGGGCACAGGGAGGCUUUCUGCAAAACAAAGUGCCAGAAUUAAAGGAGGUCUCUGUUAUGGAAGCACCUUCUGUUGCCUUUGAGAAUAAGGCACCUCUAGGUGUAGCUGAAACAUCCACAAUACCAGGUGAUCCAGAAGAGGAGGAGGAUAUGAAUAAUGUACUCUCCAGAGCAUCACUUCAGCCUAUUGCAGAAGAACCCCCCUGCGACAGCGACUCCAGCACUGACACCAUUUGUUUGGCCAGUGAGAGUGAAGUUGGGUGUGAAGUUAAAGAAGCCCAGCAACAGGUCUUGGAUUGGCCCAAAAAAGAUCAAGAGGAGCAGAACAAUGCCAUGCUGGAAGCGUGUCUCUCACAGUCACAGCCGUACAAUAUAAAUGGUGCUGGUGAGCUUACAGAUGACGUGGGGGCAAAGAGCAUGGUUCCAGAGGCUGAGGGCUCCUGGCUGGAUAAAGUUGCCAGUAUGGUGAAAAGUCCGGAUGGAUUUGUUCCUAUAUCAGAAACUUCUUCCAUCCCUGAGUCUGCAGUUGGGAAGCUAGAGUGUGUACCUGUUGGGGUUCUCCCCCCAUCUUCUCUCGAAGCCCGAGUGAUUAUGGGAGACGUCCUUAAUGGAGAUAUGGAUUUAAGUUUGCAGUUUGGUGAACCAACGAAUCGGGGGGAUGCAAGCUCAGAAGUGCUAGGAUCUGAGUCUGUUACAGAAAAGCUGGAGAUGAAAACUGAAGAUGAGGUGGAUUUUUUGAAAGACCUCAGAGAGCAUGCAGUUUCUGAAGGAACAAUAAAUCGUGAAAGCUGGUGUUCAAUAGAGCCAUGUUCAGAUCCUUCACUGCUGGAGCCGACGCAAACUCACGAAUCUAGAGAAUGUGAAAAUUUCCUGGAGGAUGGGUUGAGGGGAGACUGUGCCUCAUCGCACAGUGUCCUGAAAAGAGAAACUGGAAGCGAGUCUGAACUCUUCCCCUUGCCUGGCGAUGGGAUGGAUGACAUCGUCUUUGGAAAGCCUGAAGAGGAACAGUCUGCUUGUGAUGUCACCAGUUCCAGCUCAUCAGCAGAUGACACAGUCUCUUUGGAGAGAAAUUCUUCUCUUGGGAGUGACAUAUCCCUUCCACAUGCUCUAAACUUCAACAGGCCUAAGGAGAGGCACACUCUGGAUGGAAACGGCAUUGACAUGGGAGCUGCAGGGGGACGGGAGAGUGAACUUGGUGGCUCAGGCGAGAUGGAAGAGGAGCUGGACAGUAUUACAGAAGUGCCUACCCACUCCUCUGUCUUAAGAAAUUCCAUGCGACCACUGUCACCAUUCCGACGGCACAGCUGGGGGCCGGGAAAGAAUGCUGCCAAUGAGGCAGAAAUCAAUCACAGGAGUUCAACGCGAGUUCUGGGGGAUGGUAUAAGGAAGCCUCCCAUUCAUAGGAGAAGUUUGAGCUGGUGUCCCUCUGGCGUACAGUACAUUCCCAUGGGUGCUGACUUUAAUUGUAGAAGUUACAGCCUAGAAGGCCUUGCAGGAGACUCCGAUGAUAACAAGAAGCCCUCCUCAAAUUUAGAGACUUCCUCUUUGAGUUCCAGAGACCUCAGGCGAAGUCCACUUGCUAGUGAUGAACGUGGCUCCUUGGUCUCACUCACUGAAGAGGAAGUAGAAUCUGAGCAGGGGGAAAUAAGAGGCUUUGACCGUCAGAUGCGCCAAAGAUCACAGCCGCAUGGAUUUAAUUUCUGUACUUCUGCCACUUCUUCUCCGCUGACCAAAUCCAUUUCGCUAAUGACAAUCACUCAACCAGGACUAGACACCCAGAGACGGACUCGACCAUGCGGACGAAUCUCCUUCUCCUUCAACAUCUCUCCACUCAUCCCUAAGUCUAAAACUCUCUUUUCUGUUGGCUCUUCUUCCAGUGGUGAGGAGGAGGAGUUGGAUAGCACACGAUCGUUCAACAGCACCAGUAGUUCAUUGUCUCAGAGUGUGUCUGAAGAGAGCGGCAACUUACUGGUUCCCUGCCCCUCCAGGAAAGAUUUAGAAUGGAAAAGUGGAACAAAAGUCAGUCGCACCUUCAGCUACCUCAGGAAUAAAAUGUCCAGCAGCAAGAAGAGCAAAGAAAAAGAGAAAGAUAAGGAGAAGACGAAAGAGAAGGACAAAGAUUCCAAGGAGAAAGAAAAAGACAAGAAGAUGCUAAAUGGACACCUCUUCAGUGCAACCCCUACCGUGGGUCCAAUCAACUGUUACCACUGUAUGAAACCUUUCAACAAAGAUUCACACCUCUGUGCAAACUGCAAUGCAAUUGUUCACAAAGGCUGUAAGGAGAGUCUCGCAUCCUGUGCAAAAGUCAAAAUGAAGAUACAAAAGGGGAUGCUUCAGGCACACGAUACCUCUUCGUUACCCACAGUAAUUAUGAGAAACAAGACCUCACAACCUAAGGAGCGCCCUCGAUCUGCAAUACUUGCCCCUGAUGAAAACACAGUAACCUCAAUAUUCAAUAACAGAAGAUCACAGCAGACCCCAACACUUUCAAAAAGUGUCUCAAUACAGAACAUUGCAGGAGUUGAUAAUGAUGAAAACAUGAUACAGACCUGGAAAUACCUGUCACAGUCAACAGACUCUUUACAUAAAAUCAGCCGGGUGAAUGAAUCCACGGAGUCGCUAACUGAUGAAGGUGCAGACAUGAAUGAAGGACAGCUCAUGGGGGACUUUGAGAUGGACUCCAAGCAGCUGGAGGCAGAAUCCUGGAGUCAAGUAGUGGACAGCAAGUUUUUGAAGCAGCAUAAGAAGGAUGUCGUCAAACGGCAAGAUGUCAUAUAUGAGCUGAUGCAGACAGAGAUGCAUCACGUCCGCACUCUGAAGAUCAUGAGUGAUGUGUACAGCAGGGGGAUGAUGCAAGAGUUGCAGUUUGAACAGCAAAUGGUGGAAAAGGUCUUUCCUUGCCUGGAUGACUUGCUGAACAUCCACAACCAGUUCUUCCAGCGGAUUCUGGAGAGGAAGAAGGAGUCUCUGGUGGACAAAAGUGAAAAGAACUUUGUUAUCAAGAGGAUAGGAGACAUCCUGGUGAAUCAGUUUUCCGGUGAGAAUGGGGAGCGAAUGAGGAGAACGUACGGCAAAUUCUGCGGGCACCACAACGAGGCUGUAAAUUAUUUCAAAGACCUGCAGUCAAAAGAGAAGCGGUUUCAGGCAUUCAUCAAGAAAAAAAUGAGCAGCACGGUGGUGAGGCGCCUGGGGAUUCCUGAGUGCAUCUUACUGGUAACUCAACGGAUCACAAAGUAUCCCGUGAUAUUACAAAGAAUAUUACAAUAUACCAAAGAAAACGAAGUGGAGCAUCAAGACUUGACCCAGUCGCUAAACCUGGUUAAAGAUGUGAUAGCUGCGGUCAAUAGCAAAGUCAGCAACUAUGAAAAGAAAACGCGUCUUACCGAGAUCUACACCCGGACGGACAGCAAGUCCAUCAUGAGGAUGAAGAGUGGCCAGAUGUUUGCCAGGGAGGACUUGAGACGUAGGAAGCUCAUCCGAGAUGGGCCUGUCUCACUGAAAAACACAGCUGGGAGACUGAAAGAGGUUCAGGCUGUUCUCCUCUCAGACAUGCUGAUAUUCCUUCAGGAAAAAGACCAGAAGUAUGUCUUUGCCUCAUUGGACCACAGAUCCACUGUAAUCUCUCUGAAGAAACUGAUUGUACGAGAAGUGGCCCAUGAGGAAAAGGGUUUAUUCCUAAUUACCACCGUAGUGAAAGAUCCAGAGAUGGUAGAAGUCCAUGCCAGCUCCAAGGAGGAACGCAAUAGCUGGAUACAAAUAAUUCAGGACACAAUUAACACCAUGGACAAAGACGAAGAUGAAGGAAUCCCUAGUGAAUCAGAACUGGAAAAGAGAGUGUUGGACACCAAAGCCAGAGAAUUAAAAGAACAGCUUCAGCAGAAAGAUCAGCAGAUCCUGGCGCUGCUGGAGGAAAAGGAGAAGAUUUUCCGGGAUAUCACUGACUGUAGCAUGCAAGAGGAUGGCUCGGUCUCCAGAGUGCUGUUCAGGUCCAGUACAGAGGAGGCACAAAAAGGGGAGACCAUUAUGAAAAGUGCAAUAAACGAGGUUGAAUAUUUGCAAAGCUUGAUCAGUGGGAGUCUAGGGAGUGCACUUGGGGCUGCUGACCUGCUGCCAAACUCUGAGCAAGAAGGGGGAGUUGGCCCCAUCUCCCUUCCUAGAAGAGCAGAAACUUUUGGAGGAUUUGACAGUCAUCAGAUGAAUGCAUCCAAGUGUGGAGAGAGAGCUGAAGGUGACGAUGCUCAGGAUCUCCGGAGAACAGAAUCAGACAGCAUUUUGAAGAAGGGGGGAAAUGCUAAUUUGAUGUUCGUGUUGAAAAGAAACAACGAGCAUGUUCUCCAAAGCAUUACGUACCUCCACAACCUGCUCAGCACUUUGCAGGGAAUAGUGUUGCAGCAGGAUACUUAUAUUGAGGAUCAGAAGCUGGUUCUCAGUGAGAGAGCGCUGACACGGAGCUCCUCCCGGCCAAACUCCUUGAUCGAGCAAGAGAAACAGCGGAGCCUGGAGAAGCAACGCCAGGAGCUGGCCAACUUGCAGAAGCAGCAGGCCCAGCACCAGGAGGAGAAGCGGAGGAGAGAGAAGGAGUGGGAGGCCCGGGAGAAGGAGCUGACAGAGCGGGAGGUGCGGUUGGCCCAACGAGAGGAGCAGGCACAGAAGGGGCACCAAGAUCUGGAAAGGGAGAAAGAAGAGCUGAAGCUGAGGAAAGAAGCCUACCAGCUGGAUCUGGAGCGGCUGCGAGCAGCACAGAAACAACUGGAGAGGGAGAAGGAGCAGCUCAAGAGAGAUGUGGAGCGAUUACCCCCAGUGCAGAUGGAGCCUGACCUCAGACAGGUUUCAAACCCCCAUGAUAAAAUGGUGAGGAUCCCAUCCCAGCCCACCAGUGAGGACUCCAAGCAGGACAGUUCUUCCCUUCCCAAACAGGGGCACUUUGAUGCAGGACUGUCUGUAUCACCCAAAAGGAACAGUCUGUCAAGGACACACAAAGAGAAAGGCACUUUCCACUUGCUUAGUGCAACGAACCAGACGAACAAGGCAGCCGAGGUGCAGCAGUCCACCCGCCUCUUCGGUUUAUCCAAGCCAAAGGACAAGAAGGAUAAGAAGAAAAAGGGCAAAGGACACCGCUAUCAACCUGGUGAUGCUCAUUCAUCAGAAGCACCACCAGAUGGCGAGGAGAUCUUCUGCUGAAUGUCUGCUCCUAAUUCUGCAGGGAUGAGCCUCCCUCUCCACUGUACUGUGUUAGACACUGUACAUGCAUCUGAUGGGGCCAAAGCAUGAGCAGCUCUCCCUCUACACAUCAAUCAUUCUCAGCCUUUGUACAGCGGAAACCUCCCCUCCCACGUUUUGCAGCACACUCCUGGCUCCUGCACCCCACCAGCUCUCUAUGUGUUAAAUAAAACAUUUGUAAAGGCUGCACAUGGUGGGAAAGGGGCUCUGUCCUGUGGUUUUUUAAUGAAUUCUGGCUGCAGAGGCUGACCACACUGCAAACAGCACCCACUUUGGGUGCAAAUCUUGGCUGAACGUAGGAAUAGAUGUUCCCAGUCUCUUCUUACUGCUAAAGGAUGAAAGACUAUGGCCCAAGGGGUCUGUGCCUCCAAUUCUCCUUUCUGGGGAAUACAAUCAAAACCAAGCAUUUAGCAAAAGCCCAGGACUCUGAAAAUGGUGCGUACACACUGGCAUAUAGAUAUAGUGUAUAUAUAUAUAUGUAUGUGUCUAUGUAUCCACUGGGAUAUAUUUACAGUCUGUACAGACAAGCUGGGUUACCUGAUGACUUUCAGGGCGCAUGUAGAUAUUAAAUAUCUUAGCCUUAAUGCUCAGAGUGUAUCUUUAUUAGCCCUCAUGCCCCUUCCAAGCACAUUGUAUGUUACAUGCUUCAUUUCAGAAAGGUAGCAAACACUAGGCAGCAGCAACAGUGUAAAAAAAAAUACAUUGAAAGUUACUCCCAAAGGAUUUCUUUGGGGCAGAGGAAUUAAAAUUUAAUCCAUUUCCAGCACCAAACCUAAUGUCUUUGGAUGUGUUAAAAACACGAUCCAAAAAGGAUGCUGUACUUGUGAAUUAAUCCCAGGAAGCCAGAACUGACCGUGUUCAAGUGACAACUGCUUUUUAAUGUGUGUGAGUUACAGUCUGUUCUCUCCUCUUCCUGAGCAAGGCUUUCUUUGUCAGAUUGUUUCUCAAGCAAGAUGUCAUUUCGGAUGAACACUGUUUUGUUACAAAUUCACUGCCCCAUCAUAAAACCCCAUGAGAACCUUCCAUUCGGGAAUCACUUUUUUUAACCUACUGCCAGUGAUUUUCUUCCCCUGGCAUUUCUUAGUGAUACCAUCUGUAUGAUCACUGGGCUUCUGUUUCUCCAGAUUCCAUCAGCUUGUAUAGCUCAUGUCUAACCCAAAGCAACUUGCAGAGCACUGUGUGCAAGUCUCCUAGCAGCUCUUUGCCUCAGUUUCUCCAUCUGCAAAAUUGGGAUCAUAAUCAUUCCCUGUGAGAAUUAGCAGAUGUGCCCCCAAUGCAUUCAUGAUGCAAGGUGUUAUACAAAUGCUAAGUAUGGUGGUAAUGUGUGAAGACCAAGAGCAUACAUACACAAAGCUGAAUUGUUUGUAAAUUCAUUGUUAUCUCCACACACCUCAGGAGAUUUGCCUAAGCAGAUUUGUAAAUGUCAUGAGACUCUAUCCGCUUGGAUCCCUUGAGCAGUUUGAAGCGGUUGUGGUCAUUUCUUUUCCCAAAGAUUCUCCUUUUUAAAAAAAAUUUGCACUAUGUUUUGAUUCUUAUUUGCUUUAUAUCUCCUCACAAGCUAGUUACGUGCAGUAGAUUUCAGAAUUCAGUGCUAGCCUUUUUAAUAAUUAGCAACCGCAACAUGGGUGCUUAGAUUGGUCUAUCUCGAUCAGUGGACUCCUGAAUAGCCUGCUUGCUUUUGAAGCUCUCUAAACAAUUCGUACUCAAAAAACAAAACAAAACAAAAAGUAGUAAGAUGUUUUCUGAGGUUAUAUUUUUGUUUUGUUUUUUUUUAAAUAUUAUUUGGUGCUUGUUCUUAAUUGCAAGCUGGGCUUGCAAAAAUAUUUAUCUUUCUGUUUAUUUGAAAGAGAUCUGGUUUAGAAAAUUUUAUUUUGUUUAUUUUUUUAUUUUUCUUUUGUUUUUUUAAGAUGAGCUCAAUCAACCCAAUGGUUUUAUUUUGUCAUUGCACAGUACAAACCAGGGUGUGUUCAGUGCUGCAUAGCAGCCCGUGUCCUGCCUGAAGAGCGGUUAGGUACAAGUGAUUCCGGCUGGAGAGCUACUUUCAAGGCAAAAUAUCUCCAGGCCAGAUAAAAAUUUGGGAAGAGAGGCAGUGGUUUUUGGCUGGAACCUUGCUGGCCCUCCGUUUUCUUGUUUAAACAGGUUUGUGUUAUAUAUUCCCAUACCUCUUGGAGGCAAGGUAAAAAGCCAAAUACUGCGCUUGGUGGGGAGGGCCUGAUUCUCUGCCGUUGAAAAUCAGUGGGUGUCUUUCCAUUGGCUUCAGCGGGCAUUGGUUCAUCCCCUAAGGCUGGAGUGUGAUCUUUCAAAAUAGGAAAAAGCAGCAGCCAUAGCUAAUUUAAAGAACCUCUGCCGUAAUAUUCGCCUGUUUGUGAAAGUGAAUGUGCUAAAAAGAAAUUUGGGACCCCAAUCCAGUGUAUGGCAUGGUUACCACUUUGUACCCAGAACUUGGCUGGCUGGUAUUUUUGAAGGAUCCCGUUUAGUUUGUAGGAGCAUUUGCCUGUGUAAGUGCAUUCUUCUGCCCCAGUGGUACAGCUCCUCUCCCCAGAGCCAGCACUUCUAGACCUUACAAAACAGCACACCUAAAUAGAGGCACCUCCCCCAGGGGCAGUGGGGCUGGAUUGCUUCUCUCUCUAGUCCUAUUGUAAAUAGAAUGGCAUUCAAUGCACUGUAUAAGCUCAGUCUGGAUUUCACCAAGCGGCUGGCUGCCCAUGUUGUUAAAGUUAUUUGUGUUUGUAUUGUCAUGAACAGAAACCCUUUGUCAUUGGAGAAUACAAAUUGCUGUGUGAUUUGAUUAUAUUCGAUUAAAGUCUGUAGUCCCGCCCUCCUCUUUCCUCCAUUUUUUCAUUUUUAGGGAACUGAACGUUGUUUUUUUUAUCCGUUUUGCUCAAGUUUUCCUUGAAAAGUUGGAAGUGGUUCGUGGAGAUGGAUUCCCACCCUGAUCAUCCCUGCAGAUUAUCCAGCAUUACCCAGGUGUAGUGUUAAGUGGGUCAGUUUUAGCAGCACCGAUGUUUUAUUUUUUUCCUUUCCUGGCCUUCAUUAAUGAAUUAUGUUGUUCCAUUUCCAUGCUUGGCAUCUAACUCGUGUUUCUUGAGUGCACUUUAUUUCUUAGCACAAACCUGACAUCCCACUGGGCUUCUAAGGCAUGGGUCCUCUCAAAAGUCACCUGCUAUGUGUUGCGCUGCUGCUGCGCAGGACAGCAGAGUUCACAAGUGGCUGCAUGAAUUGCUUACUGGUGCAGGGAAAAGAGUCAUUUGCAAGGAGCUGCAGUUUGAGCUCCCUUUGCUAGUUUGUCAUUGAUGGGAGCGUCAGAUCUCCCUUAGGCUUGUGGCGAGGCUUGGCAUGGUGGCUAUUACUCCAUAGUAGAAGGAGCUUCAGAGAAUAGCAUAGUGAAGGAUGCUAUUUCAGCAUAAAAUAUAUCAGGUGUCAGAAUUAGGGAACUUCUGGCCACACCAGCAAUCUAUGAUCAGACUGCAGCUGUAGCAGAUGGUCCCUAGAAUCAAAGGGAUUGCCUGGGAUUUGAUGUCAUCAUCUUUUAAGUGAAGUGAUCAUCUCAAUAUAUAAUUUUCUGUGGUGUUCGAUGCCAUAAAGCGCUUUAAAUGGAAUCUGUCUUGUCACUUCCUUUGCUGAUUUUUGGUUAUAUUGAGACAAUCAGGUGAAUUCCUUCCCCUCCCCAUCCCUAAUACAGUCUGGGAAGGAGGUUAGAAGUUACAAAAUAUUUAAGUGUGAAGUCUGCAUAGUUUAGGCUUUGAGGAGAAGAAAAGCCGUGGUGGAGAAGAAGCUUUCCAUGUCAUUCUUUUUAGCCCAAAGUUCAGAAUGUAUUAAUUUUACCACUGUCCCCUUCUAAAUGUAGUGAGCUGAGAACCCUCUCUUUCCUUGUGGGAUUCAUCUGUUACUCAGCCUUUCGGUUAAUCCCUUCAGAAACCUACCCCAACUCCCCAGCUUGUAAAACUCAUCUUACAUGUGACGCUGGAGGAAAAUCAAGAGUAGCAAUGCUGCCAGAGGUUUGAGGCAGGUGCAGGAGGGAUUGGCUCCCCCCCCCGCCCCGGGUAAAGCAGAGACGUGGCAUUGGCAUCAGUAUCACCUCCCCAGCAAGGUUGGCGAAUGCUGUAUAAAGAGCAACACUUCCAUUGAGGUCUUACUAGAGAAAGAGGAGAUGAAAAGUGAGAAACCCGGAGUAAGGACUGUAGCCAAUGAGUGAAGUGCAAUGAGGCUAUUUCCAUGUACUAAGUUAAGCUCUUUACAGUACCUCCAUGAACCUCAUAGGCUAUGUCUCUGGGAUGGGAGCACUUGCUUUCAGUUGAGAUGGCUGGAGCUUUUCACUACCGAUAGCUCUUGAAGUCUGACCACAGGUCUAAAUUUAGAUUGGUCUGAUUUAUAUUUUCUUUGACGGGUAUUUGUAGAGUCUGGUAAUCUUCACACCUUCUUUAGGUUCCUAAAGCACCCCCGAUGCUUUCACUGAUCCAGUCCACUAUGCCAGAGAGCCUUGAAGACAUCAGGCUAGAGAGAGCGUAGUGGGUGCCAAAUCUCAUUGGAGCUGUAUGGGAUAGAUGGGCAAGAGAAGACUGGUCAGAGGUGGCAACAAAGGAUUUGACUGCCCCUUUAAACUUACCGUAACAUUCCUUGUUAACCAGAACUCUGGAAACUAUUCUGCCUGCUGGCCAGGUUUGUAAACUUAAAAUAAUUUAAGUUAACCUAUGAAAUAAAUCAUCCCCAAGUCCUCGUAAUUCUUAUUUCAUUUGUCAGAAGGGGCAGCGAUCCGUGAUUAGUUCUCUCUCCAAUGAUCUAGCUACGUUUUAAAGAUAGGCAAGCUGAACUGGUGUAGUCUUGGGCCUCUCAUGCUCUUGAGUAAUCAGAAGACCACUAUCAAUAUACCUUUUAGGACCUCAUUGCCUUUUCCCUGCGCAUGCACUUCACUGACAUUGAAGUUCUGCCCUAAAAUAUUCUACUUCAUUUGGGGGGAAAAAAGGAUGUAGUUCGCUGCUUUGCAUACAGCAGUAAGCUUUGUAUGUAUUUUUAAAAGUCUAUAAAUAUUGAUCACAUUCACUCUCUGAUGUAUUUUAACUCUAUUCUUUAUUCAUAAUAAACACUGACUCAGAACAUCUAUGUCCAGUUCAGUUUGCCUAUGGUUAAAGUUUAGCCUGGUGUUUGUUUUGUACUAGCAUGGAAUGCACUAGAGCAAUCUACAGACUGUUGAGGAUGUGCAUUACAAUAUCACUCUAUACCUCUGCAUCCAGUUCUUGGGGUUUUUUAUGCUUUGCAUUCUUUUGUGUUGAAUCUGUAAAAUAAAUAAAAAUAAAAAAGUUAAAAUGUUGCAAAAAUAAAAUUUAAAAAAGAGGGUAAAACAAUAAUUGCUGUAUGUUAAUUUGUAAUUAUGUAAAAAGUGAGCAGGUUAUUGACUGUAAAAUUCUUCAUUUUUCUGUAAUUUGCCAGAAACCAUCAGGUUUUGUAACAUUUAGCUUUUAUUUAUCUUCCUUUCUAGUUAGCAGCAGCAACCUCUUGUAAAGACAUUUUUUUUCCUCUAAAUAAAUUUGAUUUUAAGUCUGA